ACUUCUCCGCUAAGCUGUCCGCAUCCAGACUACAAACUGUGGGAUAUAAUUCACAACGAGCCGGAGGAGCCCAAGCUCGAGGAAGAAUGAAAGGCUCUCGAGGAAGGAGCCAGGAGGCAGCCCACCACCGUUAUCGCCCGAGGGGAAUCCACCCUCCGUCCCCGGCUCCAGAAUCCCGCACAGAUAUUUCAUAACCCUUCCUCGAUCCCCGACCGUCCCGUCCCUAUUAAUUGCCGCGCCAAAUAACCCGUGAUACAUUCCAUCCGAAACCGGAAGUCCAGCGAUACCCAUACGCGCCUUCCGGGAAAAUUCCCGUCGGAAAAUACUACCGCCAUUCAUGCAGCUCUUGAAAGCCGAGAACGUGUAAACCGUUCGUUUCCACUAUCUAGCUACGAACCUUUAUUAACUGGAAAGGACUGAAUUCAGCAUCGACCGUGUAGAUGGCAUGAAAGAAAUCGGGACUACUCAGGUGCUAUCAUAUUCGCGAUCGUAAUGAAUUGAAACGAGAGGUACCGAGAUAAUCUAUCCUUUAAAAAAAAAAACUGUAUCUAGUUAAGAGACCGUCCUCGAACUUUUCAUAAUCAGUGAUCAUGAAACACGCGAGGAAUAGUUUAAUUUUUCGCUGACUUUUUUAAGGGCCGCGUCCCGCCCGUUUCGGAAUGGGGCAUGCGGUCGAACGAUGGUUCAAAAUCCUGAACUGCUACCACAUCAUAUAGGAAACGGAGCGCGUCGCCUAGGAAACAGAGCGCGUUGCCUAGGAAACGGAGCACGUCACCUAGAAAUCGAAGCGCGUCACCUAGGAAAUAGAGCCUGUUACCUGAAAAACGAGGCGUGUUACCUAGGAAACGAAGUGCGUUGCCUAGAACAAGGAGCAUAUCGCUUAGGACACGCUGCGCGUCGUCUAGAGCACAAAGCACGUCGCUUAGGAAACGGAGUGCGUCGUCAAGGUAGCAUCACGCGUCGUCGAGGAAACGAAGCGCGUCGCCUAGGAAACGGGGUCGAUUCUCGAUCGGGAUGACGACGUUCAUCUUCGGGGCCGACGGGCCGGACAACACGACUGGGAACUACUCGGAGCUGCAGGGCUACUGGCUGCGGGAGCGGGUGUUCGACGCGGACACGAUCAACGGGAACCACGACAAGAUCAACGCGCUGACCAAGUCGGUCUCGCCGAACGAGAUGCUCUUCGAGCUGGUCGCCCACGGGAUCCUCCUCAACCUGGUCGGGAUCUUCGGCUUCGUCGGGAACAUCAUCUCCAUGAUCAUCCUCUCGAAGCCGCAGAUGAAGUCGAGCAUCAACUACCUCCUCAUCGGCCUCGCCCGCUGCGACACGGUCCUCAUCUUCACCUCGAUCCUCCUCUUCGGCCUCCCGGCCGUCUACCCCUACACCGGCUACCUCUUCACCUACUACUGGAAGAUCUACCCCAAGAUCGCCCCGACCGUCUUCCCCAUCGCCCUCAUCGCCCAGACCGUCUCGGUGUAUCUCACCGUCACCGUGACGUUAGAGCGCUUUGUGGCCGUGUGCCUACCGCUCCGGGCGCGAUCGCUCUGUACCUACGGUCGGGCCAAGAUCUACGUUAUUAUUAUUAUUUUUAUGGCGACGCUCUUCAACGCCUCGCGCUUUUUCGAGGUGGACGUCAUAGAGGAGCCGCAGGGCUACGCCGCUUAUAAUACGACCGUGUAUCGGGCGAUUCCUUCCGGGCUUCGUGAGAGUUCCCUCUACGUCACGUUGUAUAUCCAUUGGUUCUAUUUUAUAUUCAUAUACUUCCUUCCCUUUUCCGCCCUGGCCAUCCUUAACGCUGCUAUUUAUCGCCAGGUGCGACGGGCGAAUCAGGAGCGACAGCGGCUCUCCCGUCUGCAGAAGAAAGAGAUCGGGCUGGCGACGAUGCUGCUCUGCGUCGUAGUCGUCUUCUUCCUGUGCAACUUCCUGGCCCUCGUCAACAACGUCCUCGAGUCCUUCUACGACCUCAUCAUCGACCAACUCGUCAAGACAUCCAACCUCCUCGUUACCAUCAACUCCUCCGUCAACUUCAUCAUCUACGUCAUCUUCGGCGAGAAGUUCAAGCGCCUCUUCAUCAAGCACUUCUGCCCCAAAGGCGGGUUCCUCUUCUGCAACGCCGCCUUCUCCGGGCGCGAGUCCCCAGAUGGCGCCACCCACGACGACAGCAUCGUGUCCAACGGCGACGGCCGAUCUUACUCCUUGAGGAGCACUCACACGUGUCAUCUCCAUCGGUCGAAUACCUCGUUGGUGCGCAACGGUAGGAUCAAUGGCAAUUCCGCCAUUAAGACUCAUAGGAGUAUGAGGCUGCCCUCGAGGAUAUACCAGCCACCGGCUAAUGUCUAUUAUCCCAAGCCCAUUUCUAGAGAGCCGUCUUGGGAGCAGACCAAUACGACGACCUUGAAUCAACUGUAAUUAGUAGUCUAGUUUUCUUUUUACACUUUAAUGCCAAAUUUGGCCGGCUAAUCUGCAUAGAACACGGUAUCGAUUGAAAAAAAAUCAAGGUACAGGCCGAAAAUAAAUUGAAAAAUGUAAGAUUUCAAACUACUUAGAGAUGAGAAAUAAUACAAAAUGUAUAGGAUGGAAAACAAAUGUUUCGACCGCCAACAAACUGCGGUCUUCUUCAGUGCAACAAGUGGAAACAUU